UCAUCCAAGGCCGAUAGCAAGAACUCUCAUCCUCAGAAGUCUUACCAAGAUGGGAAAAAUCAUCAUUUAUGAACAUGCCAACUUCCGGGGUGUAUCCAGAGAAAUCACUUCUGACAUUUCCAAUCUGGGACAUUUGGAUUUUAAUGAUAUUAUCUCCUCAGUGAAAGUAAUUGGCCAGCCUUGGGUGGCUUAUGAGCACGCAAACUAUACAGGCAGGUUCCUGGUACUCGAGGAGGGGGAACAUGACUACGUUGGGAGUAAGAUGAAUGAUACGAUCAGCUCUCUGCAGCUGAUCACUGAAGAUCUGCACGAUCCCCAGAUCACUCUCUAUGAACAUGCCAACUAUCAAGGGAAGAGCAGGGUAAUAAAAGAAGCAACCAACCUGGCUGCAGGAUUCGACAAUGACAUCAUGUCUUCCCAUAAAGUCCAGAGAGGUGUCUGGCUGCUGUGUGAGCACAGCGAUGGAAGUGGAAUUCAAUACAUUGCCCGAGAACAUGAGCACCUUCCAAAUUACUCAGCAAUCAAUUUCAAUGACAAGCUUUCCUUCCUGCGUCCCCUUCGCCCUGGCUCUGACUGUGGCUGUUAGAAUGCAAAUCCUCCAAAGCUGAGGAAGAUGGAGCACCAGCAAGAAAUUUGAGAUCUACAUGUCUCUUUCUGCUUUUGCAGCCAUUUUCCACUGGGAGAUUUCUGCUGUGCUGCUCUGCAGAUCUGUACUUCUCUAUCCUGCCUUGCACUCUUCCCCUGCCCCAUAAAUAAAAAUAUUUUCACGCCUGAUCAUAUAAAAGGGUGUACAACCUAAGAGACAUGC